CGGCGCAGGCGGCCCCCGGCAGCUCCUCGGUCUGGGCGGAGCGAGCGAGCUUGGUUGGUUGGCUGCCUGGCUGCCUGGCUGCCUGGCUGUCAGGGUUGCCUCUCUCCUUUUCUUUCUUUUCUUUCCUCUUUCUCUCCCCCCACCCCCCCUUUACUCCCCUCCUCCUGCUGCCUCUGUUGUUGUUGAUGCGAAAGGGGAUCAAGCGAGCAAAAGGACGUCCCCAUUUCCUCGGAGCGUCUGGAGCCGGCUAGAACUUCGCCAAAAGGAGGAGCCCCUGAUGAUUUUUAUUUUUAUUUUUCAGAAAAAUUAUUAGCAGUGGGGUGGUUUUUUUCCUUCCCCCCUUCCCUCCCAGUCUCUUCCUUUUACCUCCUAAUUUGGGGUUUCCCACCCACGCCCGCCCUCUUGUCCUCCCUCCUUUUUCUUAUUCUUGGUUUGAAAAAGAAUAAUUUGGGGGCAGCGAGAACGAGAGAUCAGGACCAUGGCUCGACCUCUGCCUCUGAAUCCAACUUUCCUACCUCCAACCUACGGGGUGCUGAAAUCUCUGCUGGAAAACCCGCUCAAGCUACCGUUGCAGCAUGAAGACGCAUUUUAUAAAGAAAAAGACAAAGAGAAAAAGCUGGAUGAGGACAAUACCAAUGCUAUGGUCCCACAGUCCGCUUUCCUGGGUCCUACAUUAUGGGACAAGACCCUUCCCUACGAUGGCGACACUUUCCAGUUGGAAUACAUGGACCUGGAAGAGUUUCUCUCGGAGAACGGCAUUCCGCCCAGCCCGGCCCAGCAUGACCACAGCCCGCACCAACCAGCUCUUCAGCAAUCUACCUCAGCAUCACCUUCCGUCAUGGACCUCAGCAGCAGAGCAUCCACGUCGGCCCACCCUACCAUGGUUUCUCAGAACUGCAUGCAGAGUCCAGUCAGGCCAGGUCAAAUCGUGCCUGCAAAUCGCAACACGCCAAGCCCCAUCGAUCCAGAGACCAUUCAGGUUCCGGUGGGGUAUGAACCUGACCCGGCCGAUCUCGCUCUUUCCAGCAUUCCUGGCCAGGAGAUGUUUGACCCCCGGAAGCGCAAGUUCUCCGAGGAGGAACUGAAGCCACAGCCAAUGAUUAAGAAAGCCCGCAAAGUCUUCAUCCCAGAGGAUCUGAAGCAGGAUGACAAAUACUGGGCAAGACGCAGAAAGAACAACAUGGCUGCCAAGCGGUCCAGAGACGCUCGGAGGCUGAAGGAGAACCAGAUUGCCAUUCGCGCCUCGUUUCUGGAGAAGGAGAACUCCGCUCUGCGCCAGGAAGUGGCCGAUCUACGGAAAGAGCUGGGCAAAUGCAAGAAUGUCCUCGCCAAGUAUGAAGCCCGGCAUGGUCCUCUGUAAAUGGCAUUCCCACCCACCCCUUUCUCCCCCUCCCUCUUCUUUCUUUUCUUUUCUUUUCUUUCUAUUUUUCUUUUCGGUGGGUUGGCAUUUGAAUCGAUGGACAGUGUGUUUAUUGCUUGAUAGCACCACACCCAAACGCCCCCAACCUUUCACCAUCAGCACUUUACCAGGAAAACAGAAGCAAAACGAAAAAAACAGCGUACAACUUUUUUUUCUUCUAUGUGCGUACACGCAUGCGCGGGUCUGUGUAUGUGUGGGCGUGUGUGCAUGUUCACCUCAGCACUCCCCAUUUUUAUGGAAAUGGAAGGGUGACUCGUUUUCACUGGGACUGCUGAAACCUGCCAUAGUUAAGCUUUUCAUUAAAUAAUUAAAUAUUUUCCAGUGCUGCUUUGAACUAGGUUUUAUUAUUAUUAUUAUUAUUACUAUUGUUAUUAUUUUACCCUUUUGCCAUUCUCUUGAUUUAAUUUCGAAAACGAGAACAGAAAGAAUGAAUCGCGCUAUAAACGGAGGAGGAAGAAAACAAAGCCUAGCCUCCCUGAAUCUAUUGUUUAAAUAUGCCUAAUCAGACAUUUUUAACUUGCUACUGCAAAUGCACAAAUGAUAUUUUAAUGCUACACUGCAGAAAUAUUUAAUUUAUAGAUUUUUCUCCUUCUUUUGUUUUGUUGUGUUCUUAAGCUUUGGUGAUUAAAAAAAGAAGAUUAUCUUCAGGCUCGCACUGCUGCUGAUAGUUUUCUCGGUAGAUCUCGUAAGAAACAGCUGAUAGUUUCCUUUCAUGGCUCUAAAACCCAAAAACUGCAAAUAAAUCACAGGGAGUGUUAUUUUUUGUUUUGUUUUGCACAGUCUGAACCUAAGCAAUAAUCCUCUUGUGCACUCUGGUAUGUUACUUGCAAUGUUCCAGGUGGACAUAGGAUCACCUGCCCUACCUGAUAAGAUAAUUUUCCAUUGGGUUUUCCUUUGUAAUUUGUAAAAAACUUAUUGAUAGGCUGCUACAAGAACCUCUCAAACAUGGUUUGGUUUUUAAUUGCUGGAAGCCGUCCCCACUGAGCAAUUCAAAUGCUCAAACAGAAAAGUGGGGGAUAAGUUUUCUAAAGCAGUCAAGCGAUGGUGCAGGCAGAAGGUGCACUUAGAGGGCCAGUCUAGGCAUUUUGCCACCUUAUGACAAAUCAAAGUCUUGCUCCCCCUGCUGGUGCCAUACGCUGAGCACAACGUUAACAUUAUCAAGUGCUGACUUAGGAUACUUUUCUGUUAAAAAUUGCCUGUUAACUUCUUCUACACUUCCAUACAGCUAUGUCUGCCCUCUGGUGAGGUGUGUGUCUGUGCAGAAAUCAAAAGGCUGUUGACUGCAGGAAUGGGGAGAGGCCUUUGGCUCGCUGGAUGUUGCCGGACUACAACUCCCAUCAUCCUUGGCCAUUGGCCACACUUGCUGUGUGGCUCAUGGGAGUUGGAGUCCGGGAGCAACUGGAGGGCUACAACUUUCCUGUUGCUGCUGCGUGGGAUAUUAAACCCAGCCAUCGAGCUGUUCUGCUGCCCCUAUGGACCUCCUCCGAAACUGCAGGCGGUGACAGCCGUAACAGGCAGCUCUUGGGUUGUGGCACCACAAGAGGUUGUGUAGUUUUACCUCCACAGUUGGGCCAGCCUGGUGCGAAUAUACUGCUGUGCUUGCAGAUGUCCACCCCCUUCCCCCCAAACUGAAAGUAUAACUGGUCCAGACUCCUAUGGCAACAUCGAUUCCCUAUUAUGAGAGGAUGAGGUUGUGUUUGGACUCAGCCCCACACCUGCCCCAUUCCUCAAGCAGCCCACUGGUGUUAAUAGGGCAUAAGGGGGCAGUGAUUGCCCUUGCUGGAUUGGGGUGCAAAAGACACGUGGCAAUUCGUUGGCAAGAGAACAAAAACGAAAACUUUCAAAUAUUCACUGCUUUUGGAGUUUGGAGGGUUUAUUGUUAUUAUUGCUGUUACGAUUGUUAUUUCCUUUGCCAUUUGCAUUUCUUCAAGUCCUGUUUAUGUGAUUAAAGACUUUAAAUUCAGCUCUAUAUUCAACUUUUCUGUAAAAUACUUUCUGUGGACUUCUCCCUUGCUGUUCCUCCAGAUUCUUUUGAAUCGGCGAGAAGUCACUUUUUGCAAAUCCUGCUUUUCCUUGAGAUGUUUUGUUUCCGAUUGUAUCAUAAAACCGAUGGCUCUCAAACUUUCUCCUGUCAUUUUCCGCUUUUUGUUCUCAUUUUGCUUUCGAAACUUGUGUUAUAUUAUAGUGGACUUUCUGCAGGAAAUUAAAAAAAAAGUGAAUGUAGGAGAUUCAGGUCUGUAUUGAAAGGUGAUGGAGUUGUCAUACUGUGGCGAACCCAAUCCAUACAAAUGUUUUCUGAAGACCAAAAGAACACGAUUAUUACGAUAUGUAUAAAGUUUCUACAGAAUCAUUAGAGUGUGCUUUUUUUGUACAGUAUUUUUCAAGGACGAAUGCUGAUUGCGUAUUUUGAGAGAGAGAGAGAGAACAUAUAUCACAGCGAGGAGAAAUAAAAAGAAUUUAUUCCACGUUUAAAGGCAG